UGAGGUCACAACGAGUUGUGAGCGAGGCAAGUCAUUCGAGGGACUGGAAAAAGAAUAGUUUCGACUUCAUGAACACUGACUUUCGAGUUUUGUGGCUUAUGAAGCAAGUCUGAGAUCAGCGGGACCGCAGUUCUCAAUAAGGACUGCAUCAAACGCGAAACUAAAAUGGAAAACUAAUUACCGAGGAAUACAUCCAAGUGCGUCAACACGCCUUUGCUACCCGCUAACACCAAGAAAUGAGAUCACAGACUUCAUUUGACUGGAUCUGGCGGACAUAGAAGCAGCUCACUCUCAUGUUUUUGUUCAUCUCCAGAGGAAAAAUUUAAUCAGCAUUGCUAAGUAAAUACACGGUCAUCUGUUACCGAACAGUUCUGGAGGCCCAACGAGAAUUUGCAAUUGAGAGUGAUUCGUACCGGGAGAGAUUCAUCUACGUAUAUUCAAGAGCGAGUGGCUGGAAAUGUUUGUAUAUCUUAUCAAAGUCCUUGUUUAACAAGUUCAUGAAGGGAGAGACGAAACAUCAGGCGUAAGCCAGCCAAUAUCGCACUUGAAGUCUCAGGUUAGUUACCAUCAGAAACAGAUCCUGGCCAGAGAGAACAGUGCCAAAAACCUGGAGGUCUUUCUUGGAAGGCCAAAUGUGUCGAAACUGAGACAAAAAGUGCCAAUUGUGCAACCAUGUCGCGUGCUUCAUUUGUUUGCUUGAUUCUGGGUUCUGCCUUGGUGAAUGGAACCCAAGACCUCCAUUCGAUUUGGAGCAGAACUCAAAGAGAUUCAGAGACUCGCAAAAUAUAUCCGUCGGAUGAGAUUCAGGUCAUAAACGAAAAUGACUCUUGGGAAGUGAGCUGCGUAAGCCAAGAAGCAAGUGAGUGGAAACCGCCUUCCGAUUCAUUCUCAGUAAAAAUGCGGCUCUCCAAUUCUUCUGAGCAAAUCGAAGAAGAAGAUCAAAGCCUUCGUUACGUGUCGCAUUUGGAACUCAAAAGCUCCUUAUACAGCGACACUGGAUACUACAGGUGCCUCUCCAAAAAUUCUACGAACAACGUAGAAUCUGAGGAUAGUGCCAGAGUUUAUCUCUAUGUAAAGAGCAAAACAAACCUUUUCGUUAGUCCGGCGCCAAUGGUUCAUGUGAAUGUCUUAGAAAACUCCGAAGUGGUCAUCCCAUGCCGUCCAACUGAUCCCUCGAUUCAAAUGAGGUUUAUUCACAACGACACGGAUAUCACCGAUGACUUGAGCUCCAGAUCAUUCAAAUUUGACCCCAUGAGAGGUCUGAUCAUACUGAGGGGUCAAGAGAAGCAUCAUACUGGACUUAUAGUCUGCAACGCAACGAGAGGAGACCAAUUUGAGACCAACCCGGUUACAUUAAUCUUCCGCAAACAACGCGAUACGAUUGACCCACCGAUUAUAGUUGCCCCUAAAGGGCCCGUUUUUCGUGGCUCCUCUUUCCAAUUGACGUGUCAUACCAUUGCUGAACGAAGCCAAACUGGCAUCACGUUAGAAAUCAAGCUACCCGAGGAGACGGACAGUCUUCUAGACAUGAGGCGAUACCAAUAUGUUCCCCAGAAAAGACUCCCAUUGCCUGACACCGAAUAUGAGGUCAAAAUAGUACGGACAUUGAUCAUCAGUCCUGUCCAAGAAAAUGACGUCGGAAACUACACUUGUUCGGCGACACAAGGUGACGUCUCGAGCAUGACAACCUAUACGUUGGGUGAGGUGCAUGCUAAGAAUAAAUCCUUCAUUGGAGAGCCUGACUUUCAUGGAAGUCAUAUGAUCCGCAUCAAUUCCACCAAAGAUAUCAAAUGGAUAUUUACGAUUCCGACCUCACCUGAUCCUAGAUUCACUUGGUUUGACCCUAAAGGACAUGAAAUCGACCACUCGGUCUAUGAGAAAUAUGAGAUGACAGUGGAUGAGAAAAAGCACGAAGUUACACUACGCAUUCAGUCUGCUUCAUUGGAAGAUACCGGGCACUACGAGUUCGCUAUCGAAGUUGGAGAAAAGAGUGGGGAGCACAAUAGUGUACAGCAUUUUUCCAGAAAGGUGAUCACUUUUGAGCUACAAUAUGUUCAAGCGCCUUCUGUCGACAUCAAAGUUAUGGAUGGCUGGGUCCAAGAAGACAAGCUUUUCAUUUUUAUGCAAAGCUACAAUAUUACAUGCCAUGCUCUCGGAUACCCCAUUGACCUGGCCAGCAUAGAAUGGACAUUCCAAAAAUGUGAAACAACAGAAAACUGCGAUCAGCCAAGGGUACUGAAAAAUCAUGAGGUUCGACCAUCCGACAACAAUCUGAAUGGUACGAUUCACUACCGAUACAAUUCAAUCAUUGAACAGAUGGCCCUUGAAUCUGGAAAGUUCACUUGCAAGGUGUGUCAAAAGCCCAUGACUGGAGGAAAGUGCGGCGAAAACUCGACCUUCUUCUUCAUUUCCGAGUACUCUUCGGCAUUUAUGGUGGAAGAGCCAAAUAGUUCCCUAAUUGAGCAAGAUGACAUCAAUUUUGAAUGUGCCGGCUCAAAGUAUCAUUUCGACAAGGUUGUCUGGGAGCGAAAAAUGAACAAUGAUUGGUUGGAGUCGCCAAAUCCCUCUAAUAUGUCUCAAUUUAGCCAUUUAUCCUACCUUAGGAUCAAGAGUGUGCAAGAAACUGAUUCUGGUCAAUAUCGAUGCCUUGGUCUUUGGCAGAACACAACCCGUCAAAGUAAGACCAUUCAGAUUUCCGUAUUACCCUUGAAGGUACCUACUAUUAUGAAUGGGAACAAUAUGAAUGGAACCAAAAUCAUUUUGAAACCGGGAGAUAGCUUUGAGCUACAAUGUUUUGUGGACGGAAGACCUGAGCCUGAAAUGCAGUGGUUCAAAGGUCAAUCAGCCCAGUCAAGUUCAGAUGAUCAGAAAAUUACCUCCACCGAACUUCAAAACGCUAAUAAGCAUUUCCAAAACAACAACCAAACCCUAGUCAUCAAAUAUGCAACUUCAACGGACACCGGUUGGUAUCAUUGUUUCGGAGAGAGCAGAGCCGGAAAAUAUUCGGGAUCGAUACAAAUUAGCGUGGUUCAAGAGGCCUCGCUCAGUAAGGCGAUUUGGAUUUCCAUUAUUUUGGUCAUGGUGGCUCUGUUCGGUAUCAUUGGAUGUCUCAUUUGGAAAGUUAAAGUGUACAAUCGAAAGUUCAAAGAAUUGGGCAGAGGCGAAAUCAGGCAAUUCCGUGAAGGCGACCCAAGUAAAAUCAAUGGCAGUCUGAACUUGGCGGAUCAAAUCGAUUUGCUCCCUUAUGACAGUCGGUAUGAGUUUCCCAAAGACCGGCUUCACUUGGGCAGACAGAUCGGAUCGGGCGCUUUUGGCCGAGUCCUGAAGGCCAAGGCAUCAGGAAUCGUUCCAUGGGAGUCGAGCACCAUUGUGGCAGUGAAAACAAUCAAACCUCACGCCGACAUCAUGCAUUUUAGAACUCUUAUGGCGGAGCUGAAGAUUUUGAUCCAUCUCGGAAAGCACUUGAACAUCUUGAACCUCUUGGGAGCGUGCACAAAAAAUCUAGAUAAACGCGAGUUGUUGCUUAUUGUGGAAUAUUGUCGCCACGGGAGCAUCUUGAGCUACCUUCAUUCUCACAAGGAUCACUUCAUCAGCCAGGUUGACCAAGACACCCUUGAAAUAGACUUUGAGAUCGGCAAAGAGCUCAUUGAUACGUUUGAGAAUGAUUUAGCCCAGACCCGAGACGAAGAGGAACUUUCCGUUGCUUAUCAUGGCAGGCGAACGAUCUCAGAAUUUUCAGCUGACGGGGACAAUAGCGCACACAUUGUGUGGAACAAUGAAUUCGAACGUCAUAGGCAUCCAUCGAGGCCACAGUCAGGGGUUCGCUAUGUCAAAGACCCAGCUCAUCGAGGCAACAAUCGGAACCAAAUCACUAGAACGAGAUCUAAUCAAUCAGAUUAUCAUGAUGGAUUAGAUCGCCAGGUCAAUACUGAUAUGACAACAUUGACCAAUUUCUCCCGAGAGAGCGGCCGACAGAAUUCUCGGAAUAGCCACCGCAGCCAAAACAGCCAAAGAAGAAACACACGUCAAAGCAGUGUCUUUGAAAGCGGAACGAACCUUCAGCUUCUGUGUACCAAAGACCUUCUGAGUUGGGCCUAUCAGAUAGCCAAUGGCAUGAAUUACCUGUCCGAAAGGAAGGUAUUGCAUGGGGAUUUGGCAUGCCGCAACAUUCUCCUAGCAGCCAAUAACGUGGUGAAGAUUUGCGACUUCGGUUUGGCGAAAAAUAUGUACAAAAACAAUAACUACGUCAAGAAAUCAGAUGUUCCAAUGCCAAUCAAGUGGAUGGCGGUGGAAUCGCUCAACGAAUAUAUUUUUUCGAUCCAAUCCGACAUUUGGUCGUUUGGCAUCGUUCUGUGGGAAAUGUUCACUUUGGGGAAAACCCCUUACCCCGGAGUGGAAGGUGGUGAGCAUUUCAGCAACGUACUGAGCGGGGGAUACCGCAUGGAAAGACCAGAUUUAUGCCCCCAGGUAGUGUAUGAUAUCAUGACAAAAUGCUGGCAAAAGAAACCAGGAGACCGACCUCCAUUUACAUGGCUCAUUCAGGCUUUUGACGGACUCUUAGACGACCCAGAAAAGAGUCAUUACCUUCAACUUAAUCAAGACUUUCAGGUUCAAAUGCGUAGAGCACCGAUAAAUAACCCCCUAACGGUGGACAACAAGGGCUAUUUAGACUUGUUCUCCGCACCCACAUUCGAACACCAAAUGAAUCACGCCUCUGGGACGGAUCCCCAUGACGAUAACGGGUAUUUGCUCCCGUCUCAAGGUUUGAGUGAAGAUGGACAAAAGAUAUUAGAAGAUGAAGAAAGUUAUUUGUUGGCAAACAAUACAAAUGCUCAUCAGACAGCGGAAAAGCUUGCAAAAAGCCAAUCCAGCGACAGUCCUGAUCAUGACUGAGCACAGACCUAUGCAUGCGAACAAUAAACGAAAGAAAUAGAUUCAGUCGCAAUGAACAUCGCAAUGGAAAAAAAUACCAAAGGAUUACAGAUUGAUGAUGUAGUUUUUUCAUUCUGAAAUAUAACCUUUUAAGAUCCAUA